AUGAACUUAGAAAAGAUUAAAAUGCCACUUUUCUUUUAUCAAACACAUAAACAACCUCAAGAUGGGGCUAACGAACUUGAUAAUAGUAAUUCUAAGGAUAACGAUUUAGAGAAGGUGAAUGGAAAAUUGGAAGAAAUGGAAAUAAUCCAAGUGGUUCCUCUUAAAAUGCUCAAGGCUCACCACUACACCGAAGAUGAACUUAAGAAGAUGAAUGAUAACGGUGAAUCUAGGGAGAUUUAUGAAUAUUUAUUCAUGGUAUUGGAAUAA